UGUAUUUCCCGAGUAGAAAAAUGCACAGUCCUGGAGGCGCUUAGGGGGCGGGGCGGGAGCGCAGCUGAGCCGAGCCGGGCGCGUUUCUCGGCGUUUCAUCAUAAGGCUUUUCAUGGAUUUUUUUUUCCCCCUUUUUGGUCUCCGUCUCAGCGUCAGCUGUUGUGAACCCAGCAGAACGAUUUCCUUCGCGUUACCUUAACCGAGCUGAAGGGAGACGCUGACUCGAUUUUUUGGACUUUAGGCAUUUUUCUUUUUUUAAUUUUUUUUUUUUUUAAUGUCUGAUGCAACGGAGCUCUCUCUCGGCAGAGGAAUGGGGCUGUGGUUGACGGGCCGUGGGUAGUGAGUGGGGGUCCGGCCGCGGGAAGGGCAGCAGCGCGCACUCCUCGGAGUUUCAGGUCGUGGGAGAACCUCUCUUCUUCCCCUUGGUGGAAAUAUCGAUAAAACCUGUGUUUGAAACUAUUGCUUGACACAGGGAUCAGCAAAAAGACACCCGUAAUGCCAGGAAUGGUCAGUAAAAACCCAGACCUCGAGUUUGACUCUUUGCAGCCUUGUUUCUACCCGGACGAAGAUGACUUUUAUUUGUGCGGGCCGGACUCCGCUCCCCCGGGAGAGGACAUCUGGAAAAAGUUUGAGCUGUUGCCCACCCCUCCUCUGUCUCCCAGCCGGGCCGCUGCAGGAGCACCCUCCGGGAGGGGGCCCGGUGCCGUGGGGAGGAGCGGCUCUCUGGGGCUGCCGCCCACCGACCCCGUGGACUGGGCAUCGGAGCUGCUGCUGCUGCCGCCCGAGGCCGACCUGUGGGGCGGCAUGGACGGAGGGGACUUCUUCGAGACGGGCCCCGGCGUGACGAACAAUCUCAACUCCAUCAUCAUCCAGGACUGCAUGUGGAGCGGCUUCUCGGCGCGCGAGAAGCUGGAGCGGGCGGUCAGCGAGAAGCUGCAGAGCAAGGCGCCCGCCGCGCCGCCGCCGCCCCCGGGGGCCGCGGGCAGCCCCGCCAGCGCCCGCGCCGAGCUGGGCGGCGCCGUGCCCGAGUGCGUGGACCCGGCCGUGGUCUUCCCCUUCCCCGUCAACAAGCGGGAGGCGGCGGGCGGAGGGGCUGCGCGGGGCGGCCGGCCGCCGCGCCCCGCCGGGGACAGCCGGGCGAGCAGCAGCAGCAGCUCCUCCGGGGACGACACGCUCAGCGACUCAGAAGAUGAUGAAGAUGAGGAGGAAGAGGAUGAAGAAGAAGAAAUAGAUGUUGUUACAGUGGAGAAAAGACGCUCCUCUACCAACAAGUCUGUUACCACCCUUACUAUUACAGUGCGUCCUAAGAACACCACUUUCUCAUCAGUCAGGACACAGCAGAAUGGACUCAUACUAAAGCGUUGUGCCCCAAUUCACCAGCAGCAUAAUUAUGCCGCUCCUUCUCCAUUCGUGGAGGCUGAAGAGUCUCCACCACAGAAGAAGUUAAAAGUCGAGGUGCCCCGUCCAGUAAAACCCACGAUCCAACCAAAGCUUAAGAGUUCAAGUCCUCGAAACUCUGAUUCAGAGGACAGUGAACGUCGACGCAACCAUAACAUCCUGGAGCGUCAACGACGUAAUGAUCUACGGUCAAGUUUCCUCACUUUAAGGGACCAUGUUCCAGAACUGGUUCAAAAUGAGAAAGCUGCAAAAGUUGUGAUCUUGAAAAAAGCCACUGAGUAUGUUCAUUCUCUUCAGGCAGAGGAGCAGAAGUUACUGCUAGAAAAGGAAAAAUUGCAAGCCAGACAAGAACAAUUACUAAAGAAAAUAGAUUACAAGCGGACUUGCUAAACUUUUUUUUUUUUGUUUUGGUGUUUUUUUCUGGCUGAUCAGGACAGUCAUUGCCACUUUGCACAUUUUUGAUUCUUUAUAAAAAAAUUGUGUUUUUUGACGUUAAGAAUGUUGGUUUUAAUUUCAAUCCAGUCCCUGAAGUAAUCGACAGACUAUAUUAUCCGGGUACGGAGCAAAUGAUUUUUCUUGCAAGGAGUUUAUUGCAAGAUUACCAAACAACAAUGGACUGCCUUUGUUUUUCUCCUUAAGAACUGUAGAUGGUGGGGAUUUUUUUUUUUUUAAGUGUUGUGAGCAUUUGGAGCUGCUGAUGACAUCUAGUUGAGUUUUAAAAUGUUCAUUCCUAAGUUUUAUGGUGCUUAUGUUCUAACAGAUGUUACUUUAGGGGUUGGCAUUUUGUGCCCCUGUGGGAAUUUCUGUAAAUACCAUCUACACACUUGCCUUUUGUACAUGUCUUGGGUUAUGAGAGGUGGCUUUUGCUGCCAGUAUUAGACUGGAAGUUCAUACCUAAGUACUGUAAUACCUCAAUGUUUGAGGAGCAUGUUUUUGUAUACAAAUAUAUUGUUAAUCUCUGUUAUGUACUGUACUAAUUCUUACAUUGCCUGUAUACUUUAGUAUGAUGCUGAUACAUAACUAAAUUUGAUACUUAUAUUUUCGUAUGAAAAUGAGUUGUGAAAGUUUUGAGUAGAUAUUACUUUAUCACUUUUUUGAACUAAGAAACUUUUGUAAAGAAAUUUACUAUAUAUGCCUUUUCCUAGCCUGUUUCUUCCAGUUAAUGUAUUUGUUAAUGUUUGGUGCAUAGAACUGGGUAACUGCAAAGUUCUGUGUUUAAUUUCUUCCAAUGAUGUACAUUUAGUGCUGCGUCUUAUAGCACUUUGAAAUACCUCAUGUUUAUGAAAUAAAUAGCAAUUACAUGA